GAAAAACAAAAACCGAGAGAAAAAAUUAUCAAGAGAUGGAAACAGUCCUCCGCAUAUCAUCUUCUUGAUGGCUGAUGAUCUUGGUUGGAAUCAUGUUUCAUGGCAUAAUCCUGAUAUAUAUACUCCAAGAAUGGAGAAACUCUCUGCUGAUGGAAUAAGACUGGAGAAAUCCUAUGUUCAUGCUAAAUGUACUCCAUCCAGGGCAGCUUUUAUGACCGGCAGAUAUGCUUGGAGGUUGGGAACUCAAAGUGGAGCAUUCUCGAGAUACCAGCCGAUUGGACUAAACACAUCAAUUAAGAUUUUGCCUGAGUAUCUGAAAGAAGCAGGAUAUGCUACACAUAUGGUUGGAAAAUGGCAUUUGGGAUACUGUAAUGAAGCUUAUCUUCCAAACCAGAGAGGGUUCGAUACAUUUUUUGGACAGUAUAGUCAUGUUACAAAUUAUUAUACAAGGGAAGUUGAUGUAGGUGAGAAGAAGUUUGAAAAUGAUCAUAAAGGAUAUGAUUUUAGAGAAAACGACAAGGUUUCAUAUGAAGGUUUGGGGGAGUUUUCCACAGAUCUAUUCUCCAGGAAGGCUGUAAGUGUAAUUGAGGCGCACAACAGUUCCAGACCUUUGUUUUUGUACGUUCCAUUUCAGGCCCCUCAUGCACCAAUUCCUACACCCCCUGAAAAAUACAGGACUCUUUACAAAACGAGGAUUCUCGGAGAUAAUGUUAGCCAAAACAUAGCUGCAACUAUUUCUGCUUUGGACGCUGCUGUAGGAAAUAUUUAUGAUGCCCUUAAAAGAACAGGACUGUAUAAAAACUCAGUUCUGAUUUUUACAUCGGAUAAUGGGGGAGGACAGGGAUAUAGUUCAAAUAAACCUCUCAAAGGUCACAAAGGACAGUUGUAUGAGGGAGGUGUGAGAGGAGUAGGGUUUAUUAAUAGUCCUUUACUCAGACAAUCUGGAAUAUCCCACAACAAAUUGAUGUUUAUAACAGACUGGUUUUCUACACUUCUUAAUCUAGCUUCGCUCAAAUCUAAGAUUCCCAAAGAUACAGAUUCUAUUAACAUGUGGCCGGGGUUGGAAAGAAAUUCUAGGUCCACAAGAAGUAGGAUAAUUCUAAACAUUGACCAGGAUAACUAUGAAGGAUUGUGGUCUGGUGCUGUAAUAGAUGGAAAAUACAAACUUAUUUGGGGUCAAGACAGUCUGCUGGAAGCAAAGAAACCUGAGGCAAGCUGUAAUCUGGAAUUGUACAAUUUACAGAAGGAUCCUUGUGAAAAAGCAAACCUGGCAGCAGCUGGAGGUGGUAAGAAGAAGAAGAUUGGAGAACUGAAAACUAUAUUGAUGAAGGAGUUUAGAAGUAGACUGGUUGAAGAUAACUCCCCUAAACCUAGUAGGGCAGGAUUUCCCAGCAACUGGGGAGGAGUUCUUUCCUCAGGAUGGUGUGAUGCCGUUAUAUAAUCAACUAGCUGUUAAGUGCCUUGCCUUGCCAGUGGAAUUUUGAAGGAAAAUAUUAAAUAUUAAACAAAUAUAUCGAUUUUGAAAAAAUAA